GUUACUGACCUUGACCUUUUCCAUCUUUUUCUGACACAUAAAAAACAUGUUCUACACUUGUUGACUCUUGAAGAAAAUGUAAAUCACGACGGAAAGCGCUUGUCAACUGAAAGAGAUAAGCACCGGGCAAGGUCUGAUAAUGCAGGGUGCUAUCACUGUGCACAUUUAUGGCUGGCAAUUCCUGGAAUAUCUGAAAGACCUGGAAUUUUCAUAAAAAACUACUGCUUUUCUGAGGCACAGAGAGGAAAAAGUGUAUGUGACUAUAAGAUUGCACACAUGCGUACAAAGAUGAAAUCAUAUGUGGGUGCUGGAAAUGACAUCCUUACUGCUAUUGAUAUGAAAAGAGCCAUUGAUCAUGGAAAAGAUGUUGUAGGUUGUCAAGCGGCAGUUGGGGACAUUGACACCAGCAAGCAGAAUCAUUUCAGGCAUAAAGUAAAGCAUGUGUCAAUGAUCAGUGAGAUUGAGUUCCAUGGAGGGGGAUUGUGUAUGAAAAGCGCCUACUGCAUAGCUCCAGGCCAAAGUAUAUCACCAGCUGAACUUCAGCAAGCUUGGGAUGAUGGAGUACACCAGAGUGGGUACAGUGCCGUCAUUGACUUCACUGUACCCUCUAUGGGAGAAGGAAAAAUCAGAUAUGAUGCCCAGAAGGAAACACCACAAUAGUCAACCAAUUUGCUGUGUUCUGAGGAUGGGUGCACAGCUGUUUUUGUUUUUUGUAAUUUCAAGGAACUGGAGGACCAUCAGCUGUUUGGAGUACACCAGAGAAGCACUUCUACCUACAUAAAAACAUAAAACAUAAAACUUCAGUGGGGGAAAUAUUGUAAUGGUGUCAUAAGUAAAUGUAGCUCUAAAAGUGCUCAUCAGGUGCACUCUACAAACAA